CAAUACCCACAAGCCAUAGUGGCCUAGGAGUGAGAGACAGUAACCCAAACUGUAGAAACUUUGGCUACACUGACCAGAGAGGAGAGCAAUGUAGAAAGUGGAUACAAUAUUUCAGACAGUGUUUGGAUACGGACCUGACUAAAUCCAUCUCUGCUUUUUCCUUUAUGUACAUUCUGGUUCUGAGGCAGUCACUCCAAGACUCCCUCUGUGACUAGACAUUGAUUUUCUCCCACUGAACUUUCCCAACACUAAUGAGCGUGACCAACUCUUCUGCUUAUCGAUCGGAGCGCAGUUUCCACCAGACUUCUUCCUCUUCCUCCUCGUCUUCAACAAACCCAUACAUGGAGAAGAGCCGGGGACUAUUCACUGAGGAUUUUGGAUCUUUCAUGUGCCCAAAGGAUGCUUUGGGAUUUCCAAAUCGGACAGGGGCACCUGGAAACAUCAAGACACUGGGUGACACCUAUCAGUUCACAGUAGAUGUAUGUGACUUCUCUCCAGAGGAUGUGAUUGUUACCACCUCCAACAACCAGAUUGAAGUUCGCGCUGAAAAGCUUGCUACAGAUGGUACAGUGAUGAACACUUUUACACAUAAAUGCCAGCUACCAGAGGAUGUGGAUCCCACUUCUGUGACAUCAACUUUAGGGGUCGAUGGAGUACUCACCAUUAAAGCACAAAGACAUCCAGCUAAAAUGGAACAUGCACAGACUUUUCGCACAGAAAUCAAAAUAUAGCACUAUGAUUGGUUUUUCAAAAUGCUAUUCUAUCCAUUCUUUUUCAUUUCAUGUAGUUGUUCACACUUUAUGUCUAAAGCUAACCAUGUUGUAUUCUGCCAAAGGAUACAAGCCUAAUUUUUAAAAGGUUUGAGCAUAUGUACACAGACACUUGAGUAAACCUCAGAAAAAAAUCCAUCAGAUGCACAUCUAAACAGAUUGUUGGGGCUGUUUAUUUAUAUAUAUAUAUAAAAGCUGUGUUUUAGCUGUUUACAUAAGUGCAGUGCCCUUUUUGCCCCUUUAAAUAAAAUAAAUAAAAUAAAAGGCUUA